UUAUGAACAAUUUUUGAAACAUAACACAAAAGCGAAGAAGAAGAAAAAUAACAGAAAAUUGAAGACAAAACAGAAGUAAUUAAUAUAGAGAAAGAGAGACACCAACUCCGGUGGGGGCACAGACCAGAGAGCCACCAUCACUUUCUGGGCCCCACCACCAGUCACCGAUACGUAUUUUCUUAUAUAAAUCUUUUUUUUUUUCCUUUAUAAAUUUUUAUGAUACAUAUUUAUUUGUGUUUUCUUUUAUUGUUUUUACACUGAAUUAGAUACACAGAUUAACAAUUUUUCUUACAAUAAUUUUUUUUUUCUCGAUCUAUCUGUCUCUCCUUCUCUACUACGCCUCCACAUUUCAACACACAAUAACAUACACUUGUCUUUCUCUCUCUCUAAAAACCAAACCCAUCAUCAAUCUCUCUGUUAUCUUUCAUUACAUCAAAUAGAUUGAGACCAGCCAGGAUACAGGGAAGUGAGAGAGAAAAGCAGCACACUUUGGGCUGCCCUAGCCAUUUGAAAACAACCCAAAACAGAUUCUUUUAUUUUCUUCCUUUCUUUCUUUCUUUGCUUUGUUUCUAAAUAAAUAAAAGCUUUUUCUGUAUCUGAGAACUUCGAGUGUUGAUACAAAAGUGGAGUCUGAACCAGUUGAGAAGAAGAGAACUGGAUUGAUUUAUUUGUUUCUGAUUUGUUGAGAAAGAGAGAGCUAGCUGAGUGAGUCAGCCAGUCAUGAACACUGGAGGUCGACUCAUUGCUGGGUCUCACAACAGAAAUGAAUUUGUGCUUAUUAAUGCUGAUGAGAGUGCAAGAAUAAAGUCUGUGCAAGAAUUGAGUGGGCAAGUUUGUCAGAUCUGUGGGGAUGAGAUUGAGAUUACAGUGGAUGGAGAGCCAUUUGUUGCCUGCAAUGAAUGUGCUUUCCCUGUUUGCAGACCUUGCUAUGAGUAUGAGAGACGAGAGGGAAAUCAAGCCUGUCCUCAGUGCAAAACCAGAUACAAGCGCAUCAAAGGUAGUCCUAGGGUUGAAGGUGAUGAGGAAGAAGAUGACAUUGAUGAUUUGGAGCAUGAGUUUGAUUAUGGGAACCUUGAUGGUUUGGGCCCGGAACAAGUUGCAGAAGCAAUGCUCUCUUCACGUCUUAAUACUGGGCGAGCUUCUCACUCUAAUUUGUCUGGAAUUCCCUCUCAAUCGGAGCUUGAUUCUUCUCCCCUUAGCUCUAAAAUUCCUCUCUUGACGUAUGGCGAGGAGGACACUGAGAUUUCUUCCGACCGGCAUGCUCUUAUUGUACCUCCGUUCAUGGGCCACGGGAAUAGAGUUCAUCCAAUGCCGUAUACUGAUCCAUCUAUACCCUUGCAACCCAGGCCUAUGGUUCCGAAGAAAGAUAUAGCUGUAUAUGGGUAUGGAAGUGUGGCCUGGAAGGACAGAAUGGAGGAAUGGAAGAAAAGACAAAGUGACAAACUUCAGGUGGUCAAGCAUGAGGGAGGAAAUGAUGGCGGAAACUUUGAAGGGGAUGGAUUGGAUGAUCCUGAUUUGCCCAUGAUGGACGAGGGGAGGCAGCCGCUUUCAAGGAAGCUGCCCUUACCAUCGAGCAAGAUAAAUCCAUACAGAUUGAUAAUCAUUCUCCGUCUUGUUAUUCUUGGCCUGUUUUUUCACUAUAGAAUUCGCCACCCAGUCAAUGACGCCUACGGUUUGUGGUUGACAUCAGUAAUAUGCGAAAUAUGGUUUGCAGUAUCAUGGAUUCUUGAUCAGUUUCCAAAAUGGUACCCUAUAGAACGAGAAACAUACCUUGAUCGGUUGUCAUUAAGGUACGAGAAAGAAGGAAAACCAUCUGAGCUGGCUAGUGUAGAUGUUUUUGUAAGUACAGUUGAUCCAAUGAAAGAACCCCCGCUGAUCACUGCAAAUACGGUUCUCUCAAUUCUUGCGGUUGAUUAUCCUGUGGAUAAGGUUGCGUGCUAUGUGUCUGAUGAUGGUGCUGCCAUGCUUACAUUUGAGGCACUCUCUGAGACAUCUGAAUUUGCUAGGAAAUGGGUUCCUUUCUGUAAAAAAUUUAAUAUUGAGCCCCGAGCCCCUGAGUGGUAUUUUUGUCAGAAGAUUGACUAUUUAAAAAAUAAAGUCCACCCAGCAUUUGUCAGGGAAAGGCGUGCUAUGAAGAGAGAAUAUGAAGAAUUCAAAGUUCGAAUAAAUGGAUUAGUUUCCACUGCACAGAAAGUCCCAGAAGACGGUUGGACAAUGCAGGAUGGAACUCCAUGGCCUGGAAACAAUGUUCGAGAUCACCCUGGCAUGAUUCAGGUCUUCCUUGGACAUAGUGGUGUUCGUGAUGUAGAAGGAAAUGAGUUGCCUCGUUUGGUUUACGUUUCUCGUGAGAAGAGACCAGGCUUUGAACACCAUAAAAAGGCUGGAGCCAUGAAUGCUCUGAUUCGUGUCUCUGCGGUUCUAUCAAAUGCUCCAUAUCUUUUGAACGUGGAUUGUGAUCACUAUAUUAACAACAGUAAAGCUCUUAGAGAAGCCAUGUGUUUUAUGAUGGAUCCAACACUGGGCAAGAAAGUUUGUUAUGUGCAGUUUCCUCAAAGAUUCGAUGGUAUUGACCGUCAUGAUAGAUACUCAAAUCGGAAUGUUGUAUUCUUUGAUAUCAACAUGAAAGGAUUAGAUGGUUUGCAAGGGCCAAUAUAUGUUGGAACUGGUUGUGUUUUCCGAAGGCAAGCACUUUAUGGUUAUGAUGCUCCUGUCAAGAAGAAGGCCCCUGGCAAGACCUGCAACUGUUGGCCAAAAUGGUGCUGUCUAUGCUGUGGAUCUAGAAAGAACAAGAAAUCAAAAGCAAAGAAUGACAAGAAAAAGAAGUCAAAGAACAGGGAGGCUUCAAAGCAGAUACAUGCUCUUGAAAAUAUUGAAGAAGGAAUUGAAUCAACUGAAAAAUCUUCAGAAACUGCCCAAUUGAAAUUGGAGAAGAAGUUUGGACAGUCACCAGUGUUUGUAGCUUCUGCCCUUCUAGAAAAUGGUGGUGUUCCUCAUGAUGCCAGUCCUGCAGCACUGUUGAGAGAAGCCAUCCAGGUUAUCAGCUGUGGGUAUGAAGAUAAAACGGAAUGGGGAAAGGAAGUUGGCUGGAUAUAUGGCUCAGUGACUGAGGAUAUUCUGACAGGAUUCAAGAUGCACUGCCAUGGAUGGAGGUCUGUGUACUGCAUACCUAAGCGGCCUGCAUUUAAGGGGUCAGCUCCUAUUAAUCUGUCAGAUCGUCUACACCAGGUUCUCCGUUGGGCACUUGGGUCUGUUGAAAUUUUCUUGAGCAGACAUUGUCCUAUUUGGUAUGGCUAUGGUGGUGGAUUGAAAUGGCUUGAACGAUUUUCCUAUAUAAACUCAGUUGUAUAUCCUUGGACAUCCAUUCCCUUGCUUGUUUACUGUACCCUGCCAGCUAUCUGCCUUCUUACUGGAAAAUUUAUUGUUCCUGAGAUUAGCAACUAUGCCAGUAUCAUAUUCAUGGCACUCUUCAUAUCAAUUGCUGCAACUGGUGUCCUUGAGAUGCAGUGGGGUGGCGUUGGGAUAGAUGACUGGUGGAGAAAUGAGCAGUUUUGGGUGAUUGGAGGUGUCUCAUCUCAUCUUUUUGCUCUCUUCCAGGGUUUGCUCAAGGUGUUGGCUGGGGUCAGUACAAACUUCACUGUCACGUCAAAAGCAGCCGAUGAUGGAGCAUUUUCAGAGCUUUACCUAUUCAAGUGGACAUCGUUGUUAAUACCUCCCACAACUUUGUUGAUCAUAAACAUUGUUGGUGUUGUGGUUGGAGUCUCGGAUGCCAUCAACAACGGGUAUGAUUCAUGGGGUCCUUUGUUCGGUAGGCUAUUUUUCGCCUUCUGGGUCAUUAUUCAUCUCUACCCCUUCCUCAAGGGUCUGCUUGGAAAACAAGAUCGCAUGCCCACCAUUAUUCUGGUAUGGUCAAUUCUACUGGCUUCAAUCCUAACUCUUAUAUGGGUCCGAGUAAACCCAUUUGUGUCUAGAGAUGGCCCUGUAUUGGAAGUAUGUGGAUUGAACUGUGACUAAAAUACAUGAAUAAAGCCUUAAAAGUAGGUUUUCAGUGGCAAAUGUAUCAAAAUGGUUGUGUGGAGUUGGAGCCGGCGAGUCGUUAGACCGAUGGUGGCACGCCCACAUUGUGCAAAUAUGGGAUGUCAUUGGCAAGAGAAAUUUUUGUGAGAAAGCUGUAGUUUGGGGGUGUAGAUACAGUGGGUUGGGGACGACACAUUGUUUUUUUUUCUUUUGUUAUCAUUUUUUGUUUUUUGGUUUUACAGGGUUUCUAUUAAUUCUUUUAUUAAAUUUCCUGUGGGUUGUAGGGUUUUUGUUCUUCUGUUUCAUGAUGUGAGUCUUAUGUAUUUCUAAGAAAGCAUUGAAUCAUAAAUUAUUCCCUUGUCAAUGUGGGGAUUUAUAUAAGUGUCUCAGACCACUGCACGUCCAUUUGUUUAUGUCAUUUCUCCUUAUCAUGGACUUGGGACAAUUUUAUGUACCUAAUUUGAAGUUGCAGAUAUUAUGCAAUUUAUGUCAUUUUCCUUUC